AUGGAAUCGGUGCGCAAGGCCAACCAACGACUGCGCAACUAUCCGCUCCUGCUGACCAAGUGUGCCGACAAGGCCACUGCCUAUGCGGUGUGCGUGACGCGGGAUCUGAACGUUCAGCACAAGAUCUGUGACGCCGAGUUCAAGGAGUUCAUCAGUUGCAUCCGCAAGAGCGCCCAGGAAAUGAAGACCAAGCUGUAG